AUGCGUGGAGAUUUUUCAACAGGCAGUAGAACAACUACAAAACAUGCAAUACCUUCUUUAACAACAAAUAACGAAACUAUCGCAAUUGCUAAUGGAGAUACUAAUCUUUCAUAUAUCUAUUUUAAAGAAAAAGAAGAAUGUACACCAUCUGACUCACAAUUAAAUACAAGCGAACGUAUCUUUAAUUGUCAAACAAUUACAAGAACAAUUGAUAUUAUUGAGAAAUCAUCUUCAUUUUUUGAUCUUAUUCAAUAUCAUGGUGUUUCACCUGAUCAUCCUGAAUAUUUUGAUUGUGCUAGAAUUCUUCUUUCAUCUAUUGAUGAUUCAACUAAAACAGAUAUUAUUGAUAUUGUAGUACUUGAUACAUUUCGUCAAAGUCGAAUACAACAUAUAAUACUUGUUGAUCGACAUGUACUAAUCCAAAUAUUAUCAUUUAUUAUAAAAGAACCUCAUAAAUUAACUAAAUUAAUGAGUUUACAAUCAAUGUUAAAUAAAGAAGAUUUUAAUCGAAAUGAUCAACAUAUAAUUGAUAAAUUAGAACGAUCAAGAAAAAGAUUAACUGAAUUAAUGUUUAAUACAAACAAGAAAACUAUGUGUGAAAAGCAAUAUUCAGAAAUACAACAAGAACUACCUGCAUAUUCAAAUAAUAUGCAUGCUAAUCAACAACCACUCGAUUAUUAUCGAUCAACUGAAGAGCGUAUGGUUGAUUUUCAACAACUUGUUGGUCGUUAUGAAAUCAACCAUACAUUUGCGACAAAAUUACGUAUGCUUGAAGGCUAUGAAAUCGUAUUUAUUUGUGAUGAUUCAGGUUCAAUGAAUACUCCACUUAGCGAUUUUGCUGGUGUUUCUAAUAAAAGGCUAACUCGAUGGGAUGAAUUAAAACAAACCGUAUCAAUUGUUGUUGAUCUUGCUAGUGUUUUUGAUCCGGAUGGUGUUGAUAUUUAUUUUCUUAAUCGUGAACCUGUAUUUCAUGUACGUAAUUCAGAACAAUUGGUAUCUGUCUUUGCUAUUCCACCGUCUGGUCCAACUCCAAUUGUUUCAGUUUUUCGACGUUUACUUCGUGAUAAACAGCAUGAAAUAGAAGAACGUAAAUUACUGAUACUUUUAGCAACCGAUGGUGUACCAACAGAUGAUCAAGGUAAUCGAGAUAUUCGUUCAUUGAAACAUGUUCUUAAACGAGAACGUAAACCAACAAAUCAUAUCCCUGUGACAAUUAUUGCUUGUACAGACGAUGACGAUUGUAUGGCAUAUUUAAAUGAUUGGGAUAAAAAGAUUCCGAAUCUUGAUGUUGUCGACGAUUAUAGAAAUGAAAAAAAAGAAAUUCAAGCACUUCAAGGAAAAGAUUUCCCGUUUAGUUUUGGUGAUUAUGUUGUUAAAAUACUAAUGGGUGGUGUGGAUAGUUGGUUCGAUGAUUUAGAUGAAAAAAAAGUUUCAACUGAUGGUUAUGGACGACCGAAGAAAGAUUAUGGUCGUAAACGAAAAAAACGACGAUGUGUUAUUUUAUAA